AUGUCACUUGCCGCAAGGAUUGUUAUUUUGGCGGUGUUUGUUCUAUUGGCUCGCUAUGUCGUACGCUUGAUGUUGGAUUCCGUUUCACACACCAGAGCAAUUCCAGGGCCCCUUUGGUCACGAUUGACGAACCUAUGGUACUUGCGUCAAAUGGUCAAAGGAGACUUUCACAAUACCAAUAUCAAACUUCACCGUCAGAAGGUCCGAAUUGCUCCGAACUACUAUAGUUUGAGUGAUCCAGCAUGCCUCAAGACUAUCUAUGGCCUCGGAACGAAAUACGUAAAAUCAUCGUGGUAUGAUGCGUGGAAUACAGAAGAAGAUCUUACUUGGACCAACCUUUUCUCUGAAAGAGACCCAAAGAAGCAUGCCGCCAACCGCCAUAAAGUCGCAAGCAUGUAUUCCAUGACAACGUUGACGAGCUACGAGCCUUUCGUCGAUAGUUGUAUUGGCCUCUUCCGAAGACAGCUUGAUCAGGCGGGCAGCUCGGACUCCGCAGUCAAUCUUGCGCACUGGGUCCAGUGCUACGCCUUCGAUGUCAUAGGAUAUAUUACAUUCGGAGAGCGAUUCGGGUUCCUCGAUAACAUGCUAGACGUGAGCAAUAUUAUGAAAAACCUCGAUGCUGCUAUUUCUGCAGCUACGUAUAUCGGCUUGUUUAUCAUGCUUCGUCCUCUCAUUAUGAAAAUACUCCGUUUAAUGGGACUGCUAGGCACGGAUGCUUUAGCAGACUUCGCCGAAAGAAAUGUUAAAAUGGGUGGGUCGAGAAAAGCGACCUAUGGCGCCGAGAGUAUUGGUUCCUAUUCACCUAUGCUAAAUAAACUCCUGGAAGCUAAGAAAGCUGCCCCCGGAAAAUUCACAGAAUGGGACAUCAUGGCCAAUGUUAUCUCCAACGUGGGAGCUGGGAGUGACACUACAGCUAUCAGUCUCAGUGCUGUAUUCUAUUUCAUCUACAGUAAUCCCGAGACUCUCCAAAGGCUUCGCGACGAGAUAAAUGUUGCUGGAAUUGAUGGCAUCUCGAGAUUUAGCGAUACGCAAAGUCUUCCAUACUUCCAGGCGGUGUUAAAGGAAUGUCUUCGCUUGCACCCUGGCACGGGGUUUCCGAUGUUUCGUGAAGUUCCUGAAGGGGGUGCUGUGAUAUCCGGCCAGUUCUUUCCACCAAAGGUAAGCUAGUUCUAUCGGUUGUUCGCCUUCCAUUCGACCGGAACGGUGGUUACAUGCCAGCGAGGCCGAAAAGGCCCUCAUGGAGCGAAGCUAUAUGCCCUUUGGUAUGGGCUCACGGACCUGCAUUGGAAAGAACAUAUCCUUGGAAAUGAACAAAUUGAUUCCCCUGGUGGUACGAGAGUAUGAUGUGGAAAUUCUUGGUCACGGGCAAGGGCUCAAGACAUGCAAUCACUGGUUCGUAAAGCCAGUUGAUUUCAUGGUGCGGAUUUCUAAGAGUAAGAAUCCGGGAUAG